AUUGUUAAGAAUCACUCUUGCGGCAUGGAUAUCACUCACUCGUGUUUUGUUUACGUCUUCAAACAGUCAACCGUAUCUCGGCUGUGAAUAAUUCCGCCAUUACGUCAUGAUUAGAUUUGCUCUGUUUUUCUUCUUUUAACAAGUAUUUAAGUGGCGGGGAUUUUUAAAGUUCAAGUGUAUGUGUUUGUAUUAGGUGGCGCUCCGUCAAUUACACGACUACGUUUUAGACAAACCUACUUUAUUUUUAUUGUUUAUCUUACUUUGUGCUCGCUUGUUUGUAAUGUAAUGCAUUAAUUGUGUGUAUAAUACAAAUUAUUGGUAAAAGAUAUUGCUUAAAACCAUUAUUUACUUUUUUUUCGGCCGCGAUGCACAGUCGAGUACGGACGUGUGUACGCUGCUCGCAACGAAUAUUUUAUUCGCGAAUUGCGCGGCUAUAGCCGCUGCCCGUGUACGUAGCAAUGAGUUCUAAACCUCUCAUAGCAAACGAGUUAUUGGCAUUCUUGAAGCAUGCCAUUGAUUAUAUGGACGAGAUCAGCAUCUUGCAGAUCUGCAAGUCUGCCUUCAAGGAAGCAGAGAUAUGCAGUGCUAAGUUGCUGUUGUUCCAGACGCUCGGCAAAAUCGACCAGAUGCCGUCUCGCCGGAGAGAUGGUACCGAGAAGAGUAUCCAGGACAUAAUCACCCUGAUGAAAGAGACUGACCCGGAUGACGUGCCCGAUUUCGUGGUGAAGGACCUGCACAAACUGCCGCCCAUCACGUUUGACCACGUCGACGUAACCAGGCUUCUUAAGGACAUUACAUCCCUCAAAGUUAGCCUGGCCGAGCUGCAGUCAAAAUUGGAGGUAUCAAAUAACACCAUAUGUGACUUACGUGCCGAGGUAGUGCUGUUACGCAGCGCUGUUUCGGUAACUGGGUCACCUGACGCCUCCAAUAUGAACACACGACAUGGAGCGGAAAACGCUGCGAUCAGCAGUUCGUUGGUGGCGAGUGCGUCACCCAUUAAAACUGCAAGCGUAGCAUCACGCGCCACCGCCGCCUGCGCUUCGACACCGGUGCAAGUACAGGCUUGUGUAGGUACGUUGACCCCUAAACGUGCCUAUGCAGAUAUCGUUGCCGAUAACCAAACUGAAUCGUCGCAGAAAAAGCAAGCGGCCAAUAUAAAACGGGGUCAAGCAAACCAGCCUAGUCUGAAAAAGGACAAGCAUGACAAUGAGGGCUUCAUUAAGGUAGAAAGGAAGAAGAAGCCUCUUUGCCGCAACCAGUGCGGUACCGCGCUGGCAGGACCCAACAUGCUGCUGCGUCCAGCGACACCCACGACGCUGCUGUACGUGUCCCGACUGCAUCACUCCACGAAGGCAGAGGAUGUCGUGGAGUAUUUGCGAGUGAAGACGAACUGGAUCUUGAGAGUAGAGAAGUUGGAGUCGCGCCACAAUAUUAACUUCAAGUCGUUCGUGGUGCGGGUUCCAACACAUGAUCUUGAAACCUUUCUCAAGGAACAGUUUUGGCCGAAGGGUAUCGUGUAUCGGCGUUUCCGUGGCCGGCUACGUGAUACCAGUCAGCGAAACACGACGCCGUCUCUUCGUGUGCAAUAAUUAUAAUUAUGAGUUUUGUUAUUGUAUAUCUAUUAGUUUAUUG